AAAACGGAUAGAAUCCUUGCCCUACUUUUUCUAGAUAUGUCGUUCAUUUGUGGUUCAAUCUGAUGACCUCGAAAGCAGUCGCUCCGAUGGCAUUUCGUUGCAUCGUCGCGACUAGGGGCGUGCGUGCAUAAUGGCAUCGGAAUCGGAUCGAACUGCGGCCACAAAAGAGCUCGCGCUUUGUAGAGCUUUUCUACUGGCUCGAGGUCUCUUUCAAGUUCUCACCUCACCAAUAAAUCGGGGGGGGUGGGGGGUCUUCGAGUUUUUAAUCUUACCACGACGACAUCACCGUGUAGAGCUGGGUGACAUUUUACUGAAUGAGCGACGUAGAAUUCAACCACAUUUUACGCCGCACUAAAAACAAUUUGGUAGAUUGAGUCGGCUACGACAAACCACAACGCAUCAAAGCGGUUUUAUUUAUACAGUGAAAAAAUUAUAACAACCAUACUACUUAGAAAUAAACAGGCAUAAAACUAGAAAUACACCAACAAAAAAGAGAACGAAAACUCAACUCAUGCGCAAGAUGCCAGCGGGGAGAAGCCUUGAGUCGUACCAAGACGAGCGGAACAGGGAAAGAAGCAGAAAUUAACCCAGGCCAGCAGCUCUGACGCUAAGAAAUUGCAGACCUCGUAAACGCAUCGAGGUCAGAAAGCCGCGACCGCUUGCAGCAACUUUGUUUUCUCGGGCACUGUAUGAUGACAAGAGUAGACGGCGCCAUUCGCCAUGCAUAACGCAAGGUGGUGCAACCGUGCUAGCAUGCAUCGCAGACACCAGGAUAUUAGCGCUUCUCAUGAAAAGACUUCUCCCGACAAGACAACGUCCAGACAGCGUGAAACAGCAAGAAGCAUCUGCGGAGGUCUUUGGGUGUUUGUUUAGUCGAUACACAGGGCCACAGGUGAGCGUGCAUGCCCCAAGCGGACAUUGACAGGGAGAGUGUGCAGGUCGAUGAAAAAAGUCUGGGGAUCAUCAACACAAUGUCAGCCCCUGAUCAAGAAGCUAUCGCCAAAACGUUCUCAGCAGUCGGGGCCCAACUCGGUAUACAACCAGCCACGGCCCCGUGAUUUCUCGGUGCACGGAAAGGAAAAGCCAAGCAGUUCCAGUGCACGAAGCAGAAAAGUGAGCAGCUUUCUGAACUACUUUCUAAUGAAUCCAAAAGGAGAAAUAAAAAGUAAAAGCCUUGAACUGCUUCUAGAACGUCAGAGUUUCAAGACGUUGCAUGAGAUGAACUGUACCCUACAGAAGAACGCUGGCGCUUCAUAUUCGUAAUGCGAGAAUAAGAAAGCAGGG